AUGUUAGAUACUUCGGCUACUUUAACCCAAGUCACGCCAAUUCCAGCAAGCAUAUCUCGCGAGAAAGCUCUCGCACUUGUUCAAGAUGCGGAGCACCACAUACGGUCCGAUUCUGAUAUGAAGUCUUUUUCGCCUUGCGACCUUCAAAUCCCGGUCAAGCUCCCCAGCGAUAUACACCCAACCGAGGCGACGAAGGCGUACAUGGUGACCGACAGUGUACCGGCAUUAUUUGGUCACCGCGACGCUGUAAGCUACAAUGAGUACACUCGCACUAAUGACGGCAUAUUCGUUCACACCGUUGCGCCUAUGGGUGUGGUAUUGGACACGCGAUGGCGAGUUCGAGAAGCACAGGAUGGAGGGUUGGAGAUGAUCGCUGUUGUGGAGAUUAGGUGUUCCAAGCUGAUGGUUGGUAUGGUGAAGAAGACUUGUGCGAAGAACACGAAGCCGUUCCAUGAGAGGCUUCUUAGCGGAUACGGGGCGUACAAUUGA